CUUUUGUUACGCACCGGACCGAAACGCUAGCCAUGCGCGAUAGCCAGGUGAGAAAACCGGGUUAGACCGCCCUGCCCUGCCACAGCGAGUACCUGUUGCGCUCGAUCGAAGAAAGACAACAUGUCGUCUGUCGCCGGCACAGAGGCGUCCACUGUAGGGUCGGAGUCUGUGUUCUACAGCAGUAGAGACGAAGUGAGGCGGAUUUUCGCGCAGGCGAGGGGCCGCAAGGUGGAGGAGCCGAAAGAAGGCAUCGACGGGCCGAUCUUUUGGAUCGAAGGGCCAGAGCCAGAGGAAAAACGGGACGUCAUCGUCGAUCAGGAGUUACGGAGCUUCACGGCGAGAGCGCCCGAGGAGGAUCUAGACGACAUCCCGUCAAAUGUCCGCUCGUCCACGCCGGUCUCCCAACCGCCGCCGUACAACGAUCUGGACCUGCAGUACACCAUCGAAGACGUGCCGCCAUGGCCGAUAUGUAUUAUACUCGGUUUCCAGCACUACCUGACGAUGUUCGGUGCUACCGUCGCCCUGCCCCUGAUUCUGUCAGGCCCACUGUGUGUCGGAGAAAACAACGUGGCUAAGGGACAGCUGAUCAGCACCAUCUUCUUUGUGUCCGGCCUGUCUACCUUGCUGCAGACCACCAUCGGAAUACGGCUGCCCAUCGUCCAAGGCGGUACAUACACGUUCCUGGUCCCCACGUUCGCGAUCCUGAGUCUGGAGAAAUGGUCGUGUCCAGCGGAGGGAGACGCUGGGUUCGGGGAAAACGAGACCUGGCAGCAGCGCCUGAGAGAGAUCCAGGGGGCCAUCAUGGUGUCUGCUCUGUUCCAAGUCUUCAUCGGCUUCAGCGGGCUGAUGGGCAUCAUGCUGCGGUUCAUCGGUCCUCUCGCCAUCGCGCCCACCAUCGCCCUCGUCGGACUGUCACUGUUCGAGCCCGCGGCUAACUUCUGUGGAGUGCAGUGGGGCAUCGCUUGCUUUACCAUAUUCUUGGUGCUGCUGUUCUCCCAGUACCUGGCUAAGUUCAACGCGCCGGCUCUGGGCUGGAAGGACGGGAGAUGUGGGGUGAUCUGGUGGCCUGUGUUCAAACUCUUCCCUGUUAUCCUUGCGAUCAUCUGUGCCUGGAUCCUGAGCGCCAUCCUGACUGCGGCUGGCGCCUACACCUCCGACCCCAACAACCGGCAGUACCUGGCCCGGACCGACGCUCGCACGAGUGUGCUGAAGGAAGCACCCUGGUUCUACUUCCCUUACCCAGGCCAGUGGGGCACCCCUACCGUCAGCGCUGCGGGAGUUUUCGGGAUGCUCGCCGGCGUGCUUGCCUCCAUGGUGGAGUCGGUGGGUGACUACUACGCCUGCGCCCGUCUGUCUGGCGCACCCCCGCCCCCGAUCCACGCCAUCAACCGCGGGAUCGGGAUGGAAGGGAUCGGGUGCCUGCUCGCGGGGAUGUGGGGCUCCGGGAACGGGACGACGUCAUACAGCGAAAACAUCGGUGCCAUCGGGAUCACUAAGGUGGGCAGUCGGCGUGUGAUCCAGAUCGGAGGUAUCAUCAUGAUCUUGCUGGCCGUGUUCGGGAAGUUCGGCGCCCUCUUCACGACCAUCCCGGACCCCAUCAUCGGCGGGCUGUUCUGCUGCACAUUCGGGAUGGUGACGGCCGUCGGGAUCUCCAACCUCCGCCACGUCGACCUCAACUCCUCCCGCAACCUCUUCAUCCUCGGCUUCUCCCUCAUCUUCGGCCUGGUGCUGCCCAGCUGGCUACGGGCCAACCCUGGCGCCAUCAACACGGGUGUGACGGAGUUGGACCAGGUGAUCACAGUGCUCCUGAGCACCAACAUGGCGGUGGGCGGUCUGAUCGGGCUGAUUCUGGACAACACCAUCCCCGGCACCCUGGAGCAGAGGGGCAUGCUCAAGUGGAGGGGCUUCAUGGAAGACCACCCCGAGUAUGAUCGCUACAUGGAGGGCUACAACUUCCCCUUCGGGAUGAACCUGAUCCGUAAGGUCGCCUGUUUCCGCCACGUCCCGUUCUGUCCCACGUUCCACGAGGACUUCAUCAGCUUCCUGACCUGUGGGAGAAAGCGCUCGAAAAACACCGACAGCCAGACUCCGGACACCAAGCCCUACGCUGUUGACAUGACCGCCGAAGACUCCGGCAUGAACUCGAUGAUCGGGGACAGGCUCCACCACCAUCGCGGGUCCGAUACCGAUUUCGAAGACGAGCUGCCUGCGAUUUAUCCCACGAGGACGAGUGUCUUAUGAUCGAGCAAUCACGCACAAAAACCUGCAACUCAGCUAACGCAAGAAUUCUAGAAUCAUAGUAAAACGUGUUACACAUUUUGGAGAAGAAUUCAAUUUGUAACUUUCAGCACAAAAAAAGUUGAGGACUUAUCCUCUCCCAAAUGACUUUUGUUUUGUUAAAACAAACAGACUUAGAAGUUCUUGCCACACAAUUGUUCAUGUGCAUCUAGUCUAUUUCCUGGUGUAACUAUAAGACCAGGAAAAGAGUCACAACUGCUUGCCACAUCCUAGGUCAGUAGCUUGGUCAUUUUUAGAGCUAGAUGAUGUAAAUUCUGUAAUUUAUGCACAUUUUUUAACACUGAUAGUAAAUUUAUUACAAAAUGUAGUGAAAUUAGUCUGUGUUUUUCCAACUUUUAGGAUAAAGGAAGCAACUUGCUGGUUAGUUUUACUCAGUCUUUUUCUGCUAGUAACGAACUUACCUAACUUAGUUAGGUAAUCUAUCUGCUAGGUCUGUGGAAGUUAAUGCAGAAAUAAGGAAUUUUUGUUGCUGUGGCUUAAGGAGCUGAAAACCUGAAACUUUUUCUUUGUUGUAUUUUCUCCUUAUUUAUUACUUUAUCAUACUUCUUUGUCAUUUACUUUAUCACAUUUUCAUCCUCAUUUAUUAUUAUGUUGUGUAUGGAGAUAUUGUUCAUACAGUGACCCAUAAAUGUAUAAUAUAAGCUUCCGUAUCCUAGGUGAAUAUUUUAAACAGAGUUGUCAAAGUAUUUCCAUUAAUUGAACAAGGUUCAAAUUGGAUGUUCUACCCUAAAGUUAUUAUAACCAUCUUGCCCUAACGAUGUUUCAUGUUAUACCUUACAGAAAGAAGUACUUAUUUCUCUGCAGUAGACAGUUUUUAAUGUAACAAAAAUGAGUGAACUACUCAGGUUAAUGUUUGGAAGACAUUCCCUCCAACUUGUGCAAGUGUGUGUUUGUGCAAAGGCUGCUCAUUCCUUUCAAUUGUGGGAAAUCUGCACAUCUCUGGAAUUAUGCAAAUAAUCUUUGGGACCAAAGUUGAUUUGUGCAUUUUAUGCAUGUUCAAUAUUGUAAUUGUCACAACAUUCUUAACAAAAUGAAUUGAAUCGAAAUUAGUGAUUGGUUUUGUGAAGCGAUGUUUGUUUUGGUUUGGAACAUCAUGUUUACUUGUUGUGACUCUUAAGUAGGCUUAAACAAGAAUUCUAUAUUUUUAAGCAGAAUUCUAUCACACAGAGUGUAUUGUUAAGUGUAAGUUGUAGAAAUGCAGGUCUGGAAGCAAAUGUUUCACUAGUGUACUUGUUUGUAUGUAGAAAUGGUGGCCAGUUGUGUAUAUGUACACAUAUGUAUCACCUAAUUCAGCAUUGCAUGGUGAUGUCGCCUGGUGGUGCUGUACAGAACUGCAAUCUGAUUGUAGCUUGUGUACUUUUUUUCACUUGUAAGAAUUAGUGUUGUACGAGAGUUUUCUAAGAUGUGCAUUCAUUUUUGAUCAUUGGUAGCACAAUAUGAUUGUGAAUAAAUGUCUUGAAUCAGCUCUGAAACACUAAUUGUGCUGUUAUUUCUACAUAAAACUUAUUUU